UGGAUGGAGAUGACAUCUUUUCUUGUCUUGCUUAAUAUGCCUUAUCCCCACAUUCUGAUGGCAUUUUUGUUACUCAUCCACUUAUGUCCCUCUGCCUACUAGAAAGAAACCUGGCUUGGAGCUACUGGUUCUUGCAGUGGUCUAGGCAGCAAUCUAGGUUUUUAAAUUUUUAUUUUAUUUUGUUUUGUUUGGGCUGUUAGUUUAUUUGGCUUCUAUGAAGGAAUCUGACACAAAGAACAACUGUUUGUUAUUUUCUUUUACCUCUUUGCCUGAGGAGCCGUGCCAAGUCCUGACAUCCGGUACAGAACAUGUUCCUCCUCCCACUACUUGUGAGCCUGGGAAUGCAGCUUUGUCAGACAGCAGCUUUUUUCACAGUGACGGUCCCUGUGGAACUGUACACAGUAGACUAUGGCAGCAAUGUGACCCUGGAGUGUCAUUUUGACACGGGAGGUCCUGUGGAACUCAGAGACUUAAGAGCCAGUUUGCAAAAGGCGGAAAAUGAGACAUUCUUGCACAGUGAAAGAGCCACGUUGCUGGAGGAGCAGCUGCCCCUGGGGAAGGCCUUAUUCCACAUCACCCGAGUCCGAGUGACGGAUGCGGGGCAGUACCGCUGCCUGAUCAUCUAUGGGGCUGCCUGGGACUACAAGUACCUGACUCUGAAAGUCAAAGCUUCCUACAAGAAAAUAAACACUCAUGUCCUUAAGGUCCCAGGGACAGAUGAGGUAGAGAUCACUUGCCAGGCUGAAGGUUAUCCCCUGGCAGAAGUGUUCUGGCCAAAUGUCAGUGUUCCUGCCAAUACCAGCCACACCAAGACCUCUGAAGGACUCUACCAGGUUAUCAGCGUUCUGCGCCUAAAGCCACACCCUGGCAGAAACUUCAGCUGUGAGUUCUGGAAUGCUCAUGUGAAGGAACUUACUUCAGCCAUCGUUGACCCUCAAGGUGAGAUGGAACCCAAGAUCCCUCCAGCUUCGCUGCUUCAUGUUUUAAUCCCCUCCUUCAUCAUUGCUUUAAUGUUCAUAGCUACAAUGAUAGUCUUAAGAAAACGGCUCUGUCAAAAGCUUUAUUCUAGAAAAGACACAACAAAAAGAUCUGUCACCACAAUAAGGAAGGAAGCGAACAGAGCUAUUUGAACCUGCGGUCUCAGGAGCUGGGGUGACCUGAUGGGAUAUCCUCAAGAAGCCUCUGGACUCUGAACAAGAAUACUUUGGCCUGCAGAGCUUCUUGUUUGUACUUUUCAAAUGCCUUUGGAUGACCCAGCACUUUAAUCUGGAGACUGCAGCAAGACUAGGCAGCACCUGGCCAUGGUGUGCUCAAAGGAAGUCAGGCAGCCCGCCCCUUUACAGAUCCGACCCCUCAUGUCUGCAGCCUGUGGCUGAAGCAAGCACUAUUGCACUUUAGAAAUGACCACACUGGGUCCUAGGCCCCUGUGAGUGUCCUGAGGCUCCUUCUUGCUGCCAGACUGAAAACAAAGGGAAUUAUUUCCCUUUAAGGUUCCAAAAUGAUUUCCAGAAGCAGAGAUGAGUGUAAAUUUCCAGUUACAGAAAUGGACAGAUUGCCAAUAGGCUAAUAAUUAUCCAUAGUUCCCUCUGGAUACUGGAAAAGCCUAUUGAGACUAUGAGCUCACAGAUAGGGCUUGAUACAAAGUCAAGCCAUAAUUGACAUGUAUUAUGGUUUACUGGAAUCUUGAAAGCAUCUGAGGAGUUCUAAUUAACAGAAAGCAUUUAAGGACACAGAGGGGCCAACUACAAGGUGUGGAGAAAAGCCGUUGAGUAUUUUUGUGAGGUCCAAAUCACGAAGCAUUUAUUGUAAACUGUAAUAGCACCGUGUUGAAUGGUGUUUUUUUAAACUACAUCUUUCCUUCAAAAAAUUCUGUUUUUUUAAUUUCAGAAAUCAAUAAUAUACAUUAAAAAAAUUUUGGCAUUCUUAAUGCUGUGCCUGCAAAGAUUUCAGAUAAGUAGUCAUAAUGGUCAAAGUCCCAAACUAGGGCUCCUUUCCUGGUUCUCUAUAUGACUUUAAACUUAACUUUUCAGUGACUCAGUUUCCACGUCUGUGAUACAGUGAUACUCUGUAGUCGAGGUCUUUGAUGGUUGGUAUUACAGAAAUCCUGUGGGAUCCCAUUACAUGUGCGUCAAAGUGGAGGGUAACUGGACUCAGCAACAACAGGUUAAUCACGUUAAAUUUGGUCUUUGUGCUGGGGCCACGAAUCUCAGGACAUGAGUUGACCCAUAAACUAUCCAAAUGUGUACAUUACCAAGUACAACAGAGUCUUAGCUUAGUGGGCCUAAAGCAAACUCUUUAACUGGUGCUCAAACUAAAAAGAAUUUGGGGUUGGGAAUGAAGGGGUGUGAAAAUGAGUAACAGACAAAUUAUAUGACAUCCCAGUUUCUCAAUUCUCGGUCUAUACAAAUCAAAGAAUGCCUCUGAAGAAUAAAACUUAAUAGUUUAUUCUUCAAAGUCUUCCAGAUGUUCUACUUUUGGCUAAGUGGUUUCCUCAAGGCCCAUCCAGGUCAGUAAGUUUAAUAUGCCAUCAAGCCAGUUGACUCCCACAAGUUUGAAAGACUUUGAGGCACAAUUUGAUGCCCUCUUCAGAUGAGUGGGGUCCCAGGGCGGUUUCCCAGGUCCCAUGUGUUGGUCUGGGGUCCCUGCUGGAGGAAUAGCACCUUCGAAUGCUGUGGAGAUCAGGGCAGGCAGACAAGGCCUCCUCCCCAAAGAAGCAAGCCCACCUAUGUGGGGCCCCACCUCCCCCAAGAUGUGUGACUGGCAUACUGGGUGGUGGUGUUUGACUCUAUUAGGAAGCUGGUGGCAUAAUGGCUUCUGUCAAAAUACUACCUUUGGUCCUAGAUUUGGGCUAUUUUCUAGAAAACCAAAUAGGGACAGGGCUCCCAAGCCCCAGUAUCCUGAAAUUUAGGCUUCUUCAGGGAAGAAGACCCUAAAGCAGUGUGUCCUAAUGUAAGAAAUGUUCUAUACUACCGCAUACCAUCCUAACAUCUAACAUUUAUCAAGUACUUACUAUAUGCCCCAUAUUGUUUAGCAUUUUAUACAUAUUGUUGGAAUGAAUUCUCUCAAAACCCUCUGAAAAAAGGCACUAUUUAUGUCUCCAGUUUAAAGAUAAGGAAACUGAAGAAUAGAAGUUAAGAAAUUUGGUUAACACUGCCUCUUUAGCUUGGAAGGGAUGAAGUUAGGGUGAUGAAACCAUAUUCAUUCUACCCUGUAACGUGCCCUGAUUUCCCACGGGAUGUGACUUUAAGGGGGGACUUUACCAGUUACAUGUGCCCUGUGGUCUCUUUUGCUGCUCGAGGAUUAAUUUCACUUUUACUCUUUCCAAAGAGGCACUGUGGGAGGGUGGGGGAGUGCAGGCUCUGAUGUCGGAGAUUCCAACCCCAACUCAAUUAUAUAUGAGUUACACAACUUUGGAUAUGUUAGUUGAUCU